AUCGUUUUAAUCAUUCAAUAUAUUAAUAAUCCCAGUUUUUUUAGGAGAUAUUUGAUUUUAUGUGUUUUGAUUAUGUAAAUUAUCUCAGAUUUUAUUUUAUACGAAACUGAAGAUAUGUUUAAGUGUAGGGAUAUCUAUGAUUUGUAUAUAUAUAUACGUGGUUUGUCUGCCUUUUUGAUAUAACACACUUUGGGAAGAAGCACAGAGUGUUUUAGUACUAAAAACGUGAUUUACAAGAUGUCUGCCAAUGAGGGGCCUAGUGUUCAAGCUGCUAACAUUACCGAAGUGAACGGAGAGUCAAGUGUUCAACCUAUUACGGACCAAAAUGAUGAGGCUGUGACCCCCAACUUCUAUCACUCACCACGUGGGACCAAGUAUUGGAUUCCUAAUGUUCCUACACCUUUGAAACCUGCUACCGGAAUGGUGUUUGGGAGAUGGGAAGACGCUGUUACCUUGUACCAAGAUUAUGCACAAAGGGCUGGCUUUGACAUCAGGUUAUCAACUGUUGCACGUUAUAAGGGUGUCAUAACACACAGGUACAUUGUAUGCAGCAGAUUCGGUAAUCCGAACUCUAAUACUGGUGACUCCAUGGAUGUAACACCAGCAUCAUCCAAGCAACGUAAUAGCAGUUUUAAGGUCACUGAUUGCCAGGCAUGCAUAAAACUUAAACCAGUUAAAGGUACUGAGGGGUAUAGUAUUUAUAAGUUCAUUGAGCCCCAUAACAUGGUCUUGUUGAUGUGGACAACAUGGAUUUAACAAGAGGGAGAAGACAAUUAACGUUUACGGAGCAGGAGUUUAUUCACAAAGCUCAAACAUCUGGGUUUGGUGCAACUGUAUCGCACCGGAUGCAAGCCUCUUUAAAGGGUGGCGAACACUUGGUAAGAGGUACAAAAACUUACCACAAGAACUUUGCUCGAGAUAUUAGGGAGUUUAUCGGUGAAAGAGAUGCGCAAAUGGUCAUCGAUAAGCUGAAUGGUAACAUGCUUCACUUGGAGAACUUUUAUUUCAAUCACACCGUAGUGAAUGGUGAGCUAAGAUCACUUUUUUGGGUGGAUGAUAUAUGCAAGUGUAACUACAAUGCGUUUGGUGAUGUGGUUGCUUUUGAUGCUACGUACGAUACAAACAAGUAAGUUUACCACUUUAUUAUUUUUUAAAUAACAUGUAUUUGGUUUUACACGCCAAAAUAUGAUUGGCUACAGUAGGUUGCAUACGAUUUACACACAAAAUUCUUGGUAUACUAACACAAUGUGUUGUUCAAAUAUAACAUGAUAUUUGUUCCGUUCACUAGUGUCGACAACCACCAAAAAUGUGUUACGUUUGGGGCUGGGUUGCUUUACAACGAAACAAUUGAGUCGUUCACGUGGUUACUGGAUUCAUUCCUUAAGGCCCACGUCAAGCAUCCACGGUUAGUGUUAACGGAUCAAGAUGCGGCCAUGAAACAAGCGGUUUCCUCUGUUUUUACAGAAUCAACACACCGUCUUUGCAUGUGGCAUGUCACAAAGAAACUCCCAGCAAAGGUUUGUGGUGACAAGUUGGAGAACACCGACCUUCGAUCGCGUAUUCACAAACUUGUAUGGAACGUGUUCAUAAAACCUUCCACGUUCGAGUCGAGAUGGAAAGACC